UCCCGGCCGGUCAUUAGGAGGGGGCUGCUGCGGCGAGCAUGUUCUGGAUCCUGAAGCACUCGCGCCUGGGCGCAGCCGCGUCCUUCUUCCACGCCGUCAUCAACAACAACAACACCACGGCGGCCGGCAGCACGGCCAGUGCAGGCGGCCGACCCGGCAGGCAGCAGGGCUACUACAAGCUGCGCAGCGCCGAGGAGGCGAGCGACUUGAACGCCAACACGCAGCGGGGGCAGUCAGACUCGGACUCCACCUGCAGCGACCAUCGCCAGCCGCACUCCGAGCACUCCGAGCGCACCGAGCGCACCGAGCGCACCGACUCCGACUGCGACGAGGCGCUGACCUGCAACGUGUGUGACCAGUCCUUCAACACGGCCAAGAUGUUGAUAAACCAUCAGCAGAAGAAGAGGCAUUUUGGGUGCUCUGCAUGCGACAGCCUGUUCCCAUCGCUGAUGGCACUGGAGCACCACAAAGAAGAGUUCGAUCACUGGUCGGGUGACGAGAGCCUGGGGGAUCACAGCGAGUCAGACCAUGAUGAAUAUAGUGAUGGGAUGGCGACCAGCGAGGAAAUGGAACGGUUACUCUAGUCCAGCACUGCUCCCCACUAUGGAUCAUGCAUGUCUUGGCACUGGUUGGGUGACAAGCGCGUGUUCGACGUCAGUAAGUAAGGUCCUGGCAGUGUGAUGGCAGAGUGACUAGCGACUACUGUAGUCUGUUUGUUUUUGCCACAAGUGUUGGCAGUUCGUCUCUAUUUCCUAAGCCAAAAUCUUCCAACACAAAUUAUAAUACAGUAAUGCUAACUAUGUAUUUUCUGUUACGACGUAAAAUAUGAAAUUUUUUCAUAUUAUAUAUAUAUUUUUUCAAUAAAUGCCUAAAUAGUCUCUUAAAUAAUCAUCACCCUGCUUAGUCUGCAUGGCUGUGUGUUCAGACAUAAGAAUAACAGAACCUCAAAAUCUUCAUUACUACUUCAUUAUUUCACAAAACUUUUUUUCUCAUUGGUUAUUACACUAAGUAAUGGACACAUGUCCCAACCCAAGUGACAGUAGCACAGACUGUAUAGCAUUAAACUGCACACUAAGUAACAUUUAUAAAACUCUCAUAUUUAAUUUUUCAAUGUCAGUACUUUCAGUACUUUUACCUACU